GUGCGUUCUUCCGCGCGCGCGUCUCGGCUCUUCAGGCAAUGGCCUCACUCAACGGCGACCAACCACAUCAGCAAGAGCUCUUGGACUCCCUCCCAUAUUACGACAAUGACCUAGAGCAGUACCCAAUUCUUCACGAAAAGGUCAAGCGCGAGCUCGCCCGUGAGCCCAAGCCUCCAUCGACUUUGCAUCCCCGAGUGCCGCCUCCACUUGAGCUAUUCAAGAACAGCCCUUUGUUAGCUGCCGAACUUGACCGCGUAGAAAGCAACCAGACGCUUCCUCCGCUUGAUACAAUUCGGUACCAGCUCCCUGCACCGCUCACAGCCCCCGGCACAGAUGAGGAGUGGCAACAGGCGCUCGAUAAUGCUCAAGCUCAGCUAGAACACCAGAGAAUACGGCAGACAAAUCUGGCACUGCUGCAACAGUACGGAUCGAACGCGUGGCGGAUACACAACUACCAGUUAGAAGAGAUGGCCAAGCAGACAGAGAAGGCUCUAGAGGAGCUCAAAGGAGUAACGACUGAUUUGAACCGUGAACGAAAGAACUCGCAAACGCGCAUUGGGGCUCAACUGACAUCGCUGGAGACGCGCUGGACAGAGUUGAUCUCGAGCAUUCUGCAGAUCGAGAUGGCGAAUGCUGCUCUUGACGCAGAGGUGGACAGACUGAACAAAAAAGAGGCGGAGCUCGCUGCUAUGUAGAGUACUUACAUCUGCUUUGCUUAUAAUAAUGCCAUGUAGUCAUUGGACUGGAG